GCUUUGAUGAGAUAGUAAUUCAGUUAGUUCCUGUUAUCUGCCGUUGGUGAGCAUUUUUGAAAUUAAUCUUGCUCACCAUGCUCUUAGGACCUUGUUGAAAACUUGGUCCCUUGUGAUAGUAUGCUUGAUUUUGGUUGUGGAAGGAUGUAUAAGGCCUUCCGCAUUAGGUCUGUUUGUUUGAGUAUUCAUCUGGGCAUUCAUACAUGAAUGCAAACAUGGACAUACAUGAGCAUAUACAUGGGCAUUCAUGAGCAUAUACAUGGGCAUUCAUGCAUGCACACAUGGGCAUUCAUGCAUGCACACAUGGGCAUUCAUACAUGCAUAUGCGUGCAUUCAUCCAUUCAUGAUUCUGGGUAUCCGAGUGAUGUUUAUCCGUCUCGGAUGGAGUUCCAUCUUUUAGUUGGACUCAUCAUUAGAUUCCUUGUUAUGUGGUUGUGUUUGAUGAGUGCCGGGUCUUGAUUUGAGUCAAGGGCACCACAUACUUACGCCGAUAACUCUCGAGUUUGAUUACUUGUGUUAAGGCGUGAAGUUAUCUCCCGCCUCCCAAAUAGCCAUUGGAGAGGGUGGAGAUUGAGAAAUUGUUGUUGACUUGUUAGGGCAGUGAUGAGUACCUAGCCCCUGUAAAGUGAAUUUGGUUAUUGUACCUUGUAAUUGUUAGCCGUGUAGUUUGAGAUUGAUUUUCUUGUUCUUGUUGUGGUGUGAUAUCAGAGUGGUGCAGCGGAAGCGUAGUGGGUCAUGUUCUGACCAUAGAAAGUCAGUGGGGCAUCUAUUUGGUCUUAGAUUGUGUGAAGCCAUUCACCAGUCUAGACAAUCCUAGAUUGAGUUUUGGGGACAAAACUCCUUUUUAGGAGGGGUGGAUGUAAUAUCCCAAAAUUUUGGGGGUAUUUUAGCAUUAAAUAAGGGACUUAAUUGAGAGAAAAUAUUAUUGAGGGGCUUAAUAGCAAAAAUUUUCAAAAGUCGAGGGACUAAAAAGAAAGGAAAUUAGGAUAAGGAUCAAGGCUGAUAUUUCUCUCCUCAGCCACGUGUUUUGCUCAUCCUCAUCUUCUUCUUUUCCCCGAUGCUCUACCCCCCGACCCUCUGCACCCGAGAAGCCCCCCAACUACCGCCACCCAUUUCCGGCCGGAAAUCCGGCAAAGCUUGGGGAUUUCUCUCUCUUUUCUUGUCUUAGAGCACCUGUUGAACCCAGAAAAUCCCAGAUCUGCGUCUUCCUCCCUCUGCUGUCCGUCGGCUUCAACUUGUGGGUUUGAAAUUUCUGGGCAUUUUUCGGUAAGAACAGCCUUGAAUC